CUCCGCAAUCCUCUGCUCCCCACAGGCUGAGCACCACAAGGGACUGCUCUAUUUGAGACUAUCAGGAGGAUGGUCGGGAGAGACUGAGUCGGGGCGAGGGAGAGCCUGUGCCACAGCAGCGGCUAAGCUUUAAUGAAGAAACGUCAGCGUUGCUAAUAACUGCACAAAGAGGGACCGAAGACCUUUGUGACCAAUGAUGUGGUUGUCAUGGAAACUAUUUCUGUUUCUGUCACUCACUGGGUAUCUUUCAGAAUAUUCAGAAGCUGUUCCUGGCCUCCCUACUUCAUAUGCUGCUAUCCUAAGGAUUAAAUCUGGCAGCUCAUCUUUAGUCUCAUUUAAUUCAAAGAACAGACCACGAUUAAGCAGCCCUUCAUUAGGCAGCAUAUCUUCUCCAGGCUGGAGAGGAGAUGCACAACAUUAUCACUCUCCAACAAAUCUAUAUCACUUCUCAGAGGCCUUUAAACAUGAUGAAAGUGUUGAUUAUGGACCAGUGUUUGUACAAGAACCAGAUGAUGUCAUAUUUCCCACUGAUUCUGAAGAGAAGAAAGUGUCUCUGAAUUGUCAAGCUCGUGGGAAUCCCACUCCCACGUACAGGUGGCUUCGAAAUGGAACUGAAAUCAACAUUGAAAGUGACUAUCGCUACAGUUUAAUAGAAGGAAGUUUGAUCAUCAGCAACCCCAGUGAAAUGAAGGAUUCUGGACAGUACCAGUGUUUAACAACGAACAUAUUUGGCAGUUUAUUAAGCAAAGAGGCCUUUCUUCAAUUUGCAUAUCUGGGGAACUUUAGUGGUCGAACAAGAAGUGCUGUCUCUGUGCGGGAAGGUCAGGGAGUUGUGCUGAUGUGCUCCCCUCCACUUCAUUCACCAGAAAUCGUCUAUAGUUGGGUAUUUAAUGAAUUCCCAUCUUUUGUGGCAGAAGACAGCAGACGUUUCAUCUCUCAGGAGACAGGCAAUCUCUACAUCUCCAAGGUGCAAACAUCUGAUGUUGGCAGCUAUAUAUGCUUGGUAAAAAACACAGUGACGAAUGCCAGAGUUCUGAGUCCUCCUACACCUUUGACACUGAGAAACGACGGUGUGAUGGGAGAAUACGAACCCAAAAUUGAAGUCCAUUUUCCCUACACAGUUACAGCUGCUAAGGGAAGUACUGUUAGAAUGGAGUGUUUCGCACUUGGCAACCCUGUUCCAACAAUCUCAUGGAGGAAAGUUAAUGGUCAUAAUCCAAGUAAAGCCCGCUUGAGAAAAUCCCAAGCUGUGCUUGAAAUACCUAAUGUGCAGCUAGAGGACGCGGGGAUGUACGAAUGUAAAGCUGAAAACUCCCGUGGAAGGAAUGUCUUCAGAGGACAGCUGCAAGUGUACACGUACCCACAUUGGGUGGAGAAACUUAAUGAUACACAGUUAGACAGUGGAGAUCAACUCCGAUGGGAAUGUAAAGCCACUGGGAAACCACGGCCCACGUAUCAUUGGCUAAAAAAUGGAGUUCCACUGUGGUCACAGAGCAGAAUUGAAAUGGUUAAUGGUGUGCUGAUGAUCCACCGUGUGAAUCUUUCUGAUGCUGGAAUGUAUCAGUGCUUAGCAGAAAAUAAGUAUGGUACCAUUUAUGCCAGUGCUGAGCUGAAGAUUUUAGCUUCAGCUCCUACUUUCCCAUUAAAUCAAAUGAAGAAAACAAUAAUUAUUACCAAGGGCCAAGAAGUUGUCAUUGAGUGCAAACCACAAGCCUCUCCAAAGCCAACUAUCACUUGGAAGAAAGGAGACAAAGCGCUAAGGGAGAGUAAGAGGGUAACUAUUCUUCCAUCUGGGAGUCUGAGAAUCCUGAAUGCUUCCAAAUCUGAUGAAGGACGAUAUGUAUGCCAAGGUGAAAAUGUAUUUGGGUCUGCAGAAAUUGUUGCAUCAGUAUCUGUAAAAGAACCUACAAGAAUAGAGCUGACUCCCAAGAAGACAGAGCUAACAGUUGGGGAAAGCAUUGUCCUCAGCUGCAAAGCCAUUCACGACAACACUCUCGAUGUCACUUUCUAUUGGACACUCAAUGGGCAGCCUAUUGACUUCGAGAAACAAGGCGGACACUUUGAAAGCAUCAAGGCACAAGCAUCAUCGGCAGAUUUAAUGAUCAGGAACAUCCUGCUGGUGCACGCGGGGCGAUACGGCUGCCGGGUACAGACUGCAGCAGACACGGUGUCUGAUGAGGCAGAGCUGCUUGUUCGGGGUCCUCCGGGUCCCCCAGGAGUUGUGAUAGUGGAAGAAAUCACAGACACCACAGCAACACUCUCCUGGAGUCCUGGUGCAGACAAUCAUAGCCCUAUAUCCCUCUACAACCUGCAAGCACGCAGUCCAUUUUCACUUGGCUGGCAGACUGUAAAAACAGUUCCAGAUGUCAUAAGUGGUGAUAUGGAAUCUGCAAUGGCUGUUGAACUCAACCCAUGGGUGGAGUACGAGUUUAGAGUUGUCGCAACUAACAAAAUUGGCACUGGUGAUCCAAGCGCGCCGUCCCGAGUGAUCAGAACCAAUGAAGCAGUUCCAAAGACACCUCCAGCUAAUGUAAGUGGCAGAAGUGGAAGGCGACAUGAAUUAGUAAUAGCAUGGGAGCCAGUGUCAGAAGAGUUUCAAAAUGGAGAAGGAUUUGGAUAUAUUGUGGCUUUCAGACCUAAUGGGACACGAGGUUGGAAGGAGAAAAUGGUGACAUCUUCAGAUGCCUCAAAGUUCAUCUACAGAGAUGAAAGUGUGCCACCUCUGACCCCCUUUGAGGUGAAAGUUGGUGUUUACAAUAACAAAGGAGAUGGUCCAUUCAGCCCUAUUGUGGUCAUCUGCUCAGCUGAAGGAGAACCCACCGCUGCUCCCGUUGAUGUCAAAGCCACGAGUUUGUCUGUAUCAGAGAUUCUUGUUGCAUGGAAACAUAUUAAAGAAAGUCUAGGAAGACCACAGGGAUUUGAGGUUGGUUACUGGAAGGACAUGGAGCAGGAAGAAGCAGCAGAAAAAGUCAAAACUGAGGGAAAUGAAUCAUCCAUCCUCCUGACAGGACUGGAAGGAAACACAUUAUAUCACCUAACUGUGAGGGCGUACAAUGCUGCAGGAUAUGGACCACCGAGCAGUGCAGUGCAUGCAGCAACCAAGAAGUCUCCUCCCAGCCAAGCACCAGGCAACAUUAUGUGGAUACAAGAUGGGUCUCAUGUGUCUCUUGGAUGGGAGCCAGUCAGACCUCUAGCUAAUGAAUCUGAUGUAAUGGGAUACAAGGUGUUAUUUAGGCAAGAAGGCCAGAGCAACAGCCAAGUUAUAGAAACACAAAAAACUUCUGCUGUGGUACUCCUUCCUGAUGUUGGUGUCUAUAUUAUUGAGGUGUGUGCAGUCAGCGAAGGAGGAGACGGGACUGCUAGUCCUCAAAUCAGAGUUCCAUCUUUUUCAGGAGGAAAAGUAACGAGUGCUCAAUCCACUUUACAUUCUUUCUCUACUUCCUCAUCCUCUAUAACAUUGCUUUUGGCACUGAUGGUUCCUUCAGCCUCCUGGUGAAGACUGCAAAUCUUGUUAUUGUUGUUUGUUUGCUUUAGCUUGAUGACACCCAGGGAUGGAGUUUUAUGUCUGUGGAAAAACUGGCAACCCAAGCUAAUGCUCAAAGACCCAUAGAAAUACCUGUGGGGCAUUUGGAGAAGUGCUGGGGACAUGGCCAAUAGUUCAUCAGGUUUUUCUUUUCUUCAGUUAUUUUUUUAAAGUCCUCUGAGGAGGGGACACUUUCUGGCCCCAAAAUAUGCAGAUUGUAUGUAAUAAACUUUUGUAAGCAAACAUAAUUUCUGUCAAAUGUACUUUACUUUUUUAAUACAUUUAAUUUGGUGACGCCUGUCAUGUAUCAUUGGGUGUUUAAACAAUGGUGUCUAUUACUGUACAUCUGUUUGUUUUGGGAAAAAAAUCUUGAAAAAAAAGAGAAAAAAGUUUAAUCUAGCUUUGUCUAUUGCUUUUGUUACAUCAAAAAGAGAAUAGGAAAGAAAAAUAUACUACAGAUAUAUAGCCCACUGCAAAAGUACAGAGAAUUUGUUUUAAAAAAGUAUCAAUACAUAUUAAAUUAGCAAAAGAUUGUCAAUACCAUAUUAGGCAGCAUAGUCAAAAAGUGAGAAAAUGAGCAGAAAUGAGCAGAAAAGAAGCCAUUUGUUUUAUUGCAAGAUAGCCUCAAAAUGAUUAAACACAAACCUAAAUGGAAACAAGUGCUCUUGUUUUUCAUCAAAUACCCUGUGAGUUAAUGUAAGAGGAAUCAAAUAUUUAUUCUGAACAGCAAGUACAAAGUAUAUUCAUAAUCAAAUGUCCACUGGGCAUUUAGGCAUAUAUUCAAGCUGCUAUGUGGACAAAUAAAAUAAUGCAAGCAAACAAACUUACUUUUUCCGACUUCUUUUCAGUCAUAACCUUUUUUUUUUUUUGCCCUCUUGGUUCACUUUUUAGUACUUUCCAUAUUUGGUAAUUAAGCUAAAGUAUGUGUGAAACCAUAUUACAAAGAGAACAUCAGUUUUUAAAGGAAUGUAGCCAUUCACACAUAAAGACUCCAGUAGGAUAUGUUUAGAGAAUGAUGUCUCCAAAAAACACUUGGAUAAGUACUACUGAGCAUCACUCCAGUUAUUUAGUUAACUGGUCCUGUUUCUAAUUCACUGAGUAGAGAUUAUUCUUGCAGGGACUGUGAGCUAUCUUCUUUAAUCCCCAUUCUUCUCUGCAGUACCCAAACUUUUUCCACUCAAUAAACAAUUUGGACAACUUUUCUACAUUUAAAUUGGAAUGAUCCCCAGUGUAAAUGGUGUGCGUGUUUGUGCAGUAUGAUGUGUGUGGUGUCGUGAGGGAGGAGGGUAUUUAACUACCAUCCAUCUAGGGAUUGUGCCUAGGGUGAACAUUCCCUUGUUUGGGAAAAAUCAAGUGUGUGAUGCUAAUACAGUUCAACGGGCAUGUCCUAAUAGCCUAGUUUUCUAGCUGUCCAUCCCUCUAAUAGAUUUGAUGCAGAUCUGUUUCAGUUCAUGGGUUCUGUGAAAAAAAUGUUAUUAUUUUGUUAGCUUCACAGUACAUUCCACCUGUGCCCUUUCUUAGCACCUUUAAAUUAAUAGCCAAGAAAGUAUGAUGCAGAUCAUGUGCUUGGUAGAUAAAGUUGACUGAUGACUGUGCUUGGUAGAUAAAGUUGACUGAUGAUUAAAUUAUUUUUGUCUUUUGAGUAUUGUGCCAGUAUGGAAUUUUUCAGAGAUUAUUCUGCUCCUUAUUACACACUAAUAGUAUUGAAUCAAAUCCAGAAAAGCUGUUUUAAAUGUAAUAAGUCGUCAUAUUUUAAGAAAUCAAAGGCAAGAUGGCUAGCUGAGCAGAGACUUUUGUGUAGCUACAGACAGAAGACCUYCUGUAUUUCUGCUUCCAGAAUAGCAGUUUGAUCAGAGGAAGGGAGGUGAAAUGAACCUUGUUGGUAAAGCAAACUCAGAAAUAGCUACAUGCUGUGGUGUGCAAAACAGCAACAUUUCCAUUGUGCAGAGAACUUGCAUUGCAGACCAUUAUUUUUCAGAAGAUUAAAGUCAACAAAAAUAAUGAACCAAAAAGCAAAAUGGCUAUUUUAUAAAUCAGCUAAGCAUAAUUCUUUCUAUUUUUUAUACAGUUGCUUGCCAAUGCAGUUCACUUCAGAGUAUUCAGAAAGGUUACAAUCACAGCUCUUGUAAACUCUGUAAACUCUGGUUAAACAGCUUUGUGAAUAUUAAAAGCAGUUUUACUUUGUAAGAUUAAUAAAACUCUGAUAAAGAGAUAGAGCUGCAUCCUGUUAUAAUGCAACCUGUAGUAUCAAGAUAUACAUAAAAAUAAAAAUCCUGAACAUACCAUCAGAUAAUGUAGUUGUAUUGCAGGGACAAAAAGGGGUAUGUUUUAUAUUCAACAUGAACAGAAUAUGUA